AGCACUGUUUACAUGUGGGCAUGACAUUUCUGUUGUCAUUUUAUUUUUCACGUAUAUUUAUACAAAAAACAAGCGUUCCAAUCUGUUUUUGUGCAAUGAAUCUUGUGCGAGUCGAGUCUGAUGUGUGCUAGUUAUUAAUUCCAUGUUUGGUUAUUGUAUUUCAUCCAAUUACACCUAAGGUGAGCAUUCGUAAAAUGUGCCAUUCCCUCGAAUCGCAAUUAAAUGCGUUAAUCAAAUGUGAAAGGACCUCCCAAUAAGCCGACAUGGACACCAGCAGCAACUCCAGCAUAGAAAAAUGCUCGUGCGACAAGGCGGAGCAGACCUUCGAGAGCGACAGCAGCUCCUCCGACUCGCCCAACACGAAGGAGAAAAAGAGCAAGAUCCCCUUCUUCAAUUUCCAUCGCGGUCGCUCCUUGCACUUCACGAAACGGACGAAAAAAUCGACGUCGCCCGUGGCCGGUUCGAGUAAAACGUCCGGCACGACGAUUAAAAAAUCGCCCAAGUGGAAGAUCAGGAUAAAUUGCGCGAAGAAAGAGCCCAAAGUGGCGUACAACCAUUCGAACGAGAACUGCUGCACGUGCACGUGCUACAAACGAACGGAGGAGACGACGCAGGACCCGCCGGGCUGCGCCAGUGCCGAGGUGCAGACUGUAGAGGCGCCCAACGUGGUGGACGAGGGCGGUGUUAACUGUGGCCUCAUCAACGAGGAUGCCGACGUCGUCGUUGUCGAACCGCAGGUCAUGCAGGCGGACGACGACGUCGUCAUUUACGGCACUGCCGCCUCUAACAUCGUCAUCAACGCCCCCUUCGCCGAUAUGCAUUGGCUUCGAACGGCCCACGAAGACUGCGACGAGGCGGCCCGACUGGCUCGCGCUCAGGAGAUAGAGCAGGGCGUGGAGGCGCCAGCUAACUUCAGGCCGGUGCGUCGCGUCCAGCUACUUUGUUCGGACGUGCCGACGCCCGCCGAAUCGACCACGCCGAGCGGCCCGAAUAACACUGGCGGCUCCCAAAGCGGUGCACAGACGCAGACCACCAACGCCGCCCAGAACAGUGGAUUACGCAGGUUGCAACUGGUGUGUCCGCCCGACCUGAGCGUAGAAUCGUUGCGGGCGCUCUUCCAGGACCACGUCACUCUCAGAUCGUGCCCUCUGGACAGCAUUACCGGUUGUCACACCCAAGUGGAUUUCAUUCAUUGUCUGGUGCCGGACAUGCUUAACAUUACCAACUGCAGCUUCUAUUGGGGUAAAAUGGAUCGAUACGAGGCUGAGAAGCUGUUGGACGGCAAACCAGAGGGCACUUUCCUUUUGCGGGACUCAGCCCAGGAAGAGUUCCUCUUCAGCGUUUCGUUCCGGAAGUACGGUAGAUCUUUGCACGCUCGAAUAGAACAGUGGAACCAUAAAUUCAGUUUCGACUGUCACGAUCCAGGUGUCUAUACCUCAAACACAGUAUGUGGCCUUAUUGAACAUUACAAAGAUCCUAGUAGUUGUAUGUUCUUCGAACCGAUGUUGACGUCGCCGUUGCAUCGGAAUUUCGUAUUCAGCCUUCAGCACCUGUCAAGGGCUGUGAUAGUUAGCAGGUUGACCUAUGAUAACAUCAACCUGCUGCAGUUGCCCAAGACACUUAAAACUUACUUGAAAGAGUACCACUACAGACAGAAAGUCAGGGUUGAGAGGUUUGAUGACGAUGUUCAGUGGCUGGAGGUGAGGAACAUGCCGCCUUGAUUUCGUUCAGUUACGCGUUACUAUUUGCAGCUACCAAAUAAUUGUUUUGAUGUUUGAAAUUUUUUAUAAUUUUAUUUAAGAAUCUGACAUUGAAUAUGUGGCAAUAAGUUUCGGCGCUUCCUGUUCAAUACAGCGAUUGUGUUUAGGGUUUGAUAUGUUGGAUGUUGUGUGGCUGUGUAUUUUGAAUGAGCCUUCUUAUUGAUUGAAUCGACGUUGUUUUCUACACGGUGCCAAAUUGUUCGUCAUUUGAAAUGUUUUAAAAAAAGUGUGAUUUAAAAUUAUGGAAUGUAUGUAUAUAAAGAAUUAGUAUUAUCUUUUAUAAAUAUUAUUCAUUUGUUGUUUAAGUAUUAAAAUUUGAGUUUUAUUAUUAAAUGAAUAAAAUAUGAAUAGUACUUGAAUGGUGUUUCAUGUUUCACUAGGGGGAAAUAGGUACAAUAUAGUUUACAUGACAGUGAUUAUUCACUCUAAAUUAAAUAUUAAGAUUAUUAUAAAGAAAUUGUUGUAUUUUACUUAUGAAUAAACUAGACUAAUUUUACUCUGGACUGUUACUUAACAAGUUUUAAUUAAACAGUUUCAGAUACGUUAAUUAAAUUGACUAUGUUUUAAAGUCUACUUAUGGAGCAGUGUGACUUAUCUAGUGAUUAGAAAUCGUUUUUACUUAGGCCAAUGUUGAUGUUUAUUCAAUUUUUAAGUAAUUAGGUGGAAUUAAAAACUGAAAUAUGAAACAUCAUUGCAGCAGCGAGUUGAAAACUUAUGCUGCUUUAUAUAGGCGAUAUUGUAAUAUUUAAUGUAACAUAUUGUAACUUUAAAAAAGUAUUAAAAUGUUUAUUUUA